GGCAGGCCGCACAGUGGAGGGUCGAGCGAGUCGAUGAGGAGGCGCGGACGGUCGGCGCGGGCGCGCGGCGUCUGAGGCGGGCGGCUCGCCGUCUUCCGCGUCCCGGCUGGCGGCGGUCGCUCUGGAAGAGCAGACGGGACCCCCCCGGCCCUUAUUCAAGAUGCUGUGUUCGCUGCUCCUUUGUGGAUGUCUGAUGCUGAUAACUGGUUAUGCUCAUGAUGAUGACUGGAUUGAUCCCACAGAUAUGCUUAAUUAUGAUGCUGCUUCAGGAACAAUGAGGAAAUCUCAGGUGAAAUAUGGCACAUCAGAGAAAAAGGAAGUAAGCCCCGACUUGUCAAACGCUGAGGAAUUGUCAGACUGUUUGAACAGACUUGAUUCUUUAACUCACAAGGUUGAUGAAUGUGAAAAGAAGAAAUUGAAAGACUAUGAAAGUCAAAGUAAUCCUGUUUUUAGAAGAUACCUAAAUAAGAUUUUAAUUGAAGCCACCAAGCUUGGACUUCCUGAUGAAAACAAAAUUGAUAUGCAUUAUGAUGCUGAGAUUCUCCUUACAAGACAGACACUAUUGGAGAUACAGAAGUUCCUCAGUGGAGAGGAGUGGAAACCAGGAGCCUUGGAUGACGCACUUAGUGAUAUUUUAAUCAAUUUUAAGUGUCAUGAUUCAGAAGCAUGGAAGUGGCGAUUUGAAGACUCCUUUGGAAUAGAUCCAUAUAGUGUGCUUAUGGUACUCUUGUGUCUGCUCUGCAUUGUGGUACUGGUGGCUACAGAGCUGUGGACGUAUGUUCGCUGGUACACGCAGUUGAAACGUGUUUUUAUCAUCAGUUUUCUUGUCAGUUUGGGAUGGAAUUGGAUGUAUUUGUAUAAGGUAGCUUUUGCUCAGCAUCAGGCUAACGUUGCCAGGAUGGAGCCACUAAACAAUGUAUGUGUUGAGAAGAUGGAUUGGACUGGAAGUCUCUGGGAAUGGUUUAGAAGUUCAUGGACCUAUAAGGAUGACCCAUGCCAAAAGUACUAUGAGCUGUUAUUAAUCAACCCUAUUUGGUUGGUUCCACCAACAAAGGCUCUGGCAGUUACAUUCACCAACUUUGUAACGGAACCAUUAAAGCACAUUGGAAAAGGAACUGGUGAAUUCAUUAAAGCACUCAUGAAGGAGAUUCCAGUGCUACUUCAGAUUCCGGUGCUUGUGAUUAUAGCAUUGGCUGUCCUGAGCUUCUGCUAUGGUGCUGGAAAGUCGGUUCCUAUGCUGAGACACUUAAGUGGUCCUGAAAGAGAACCACCCCGAGCACUUGAGCCAGAUGACAGAAGACGGCAGAAAGAACUUGACUAUAGACUCCAUGGUGGAGCAGGUGAUGCAGAUUUCUCUUAUAGGGGCCAAGCUGGCUCCAUCGAGCAAGGCCCUUAUGAGAAAAUGCAUGUGUGUAAAAGAGAUGUUUUGAGACAGAAAGACAGUGACAUGAGAUUUCACAGUGGCAACAAGAGCCCUGAAGUGCUCCGGGCAUUUGACUUACCUGACACAGAGGCACAAGAGCAUCCAGAAGUUAUACCCAGCCAUAAAUCAUCCAUUGUGAAUACAAACCUCAAAGAGCUUGGUGAGCUCCCGGGAGAAAGCACCCCAACAGAACACAGCCAGUCUGCCAAGGCUGUCUCUGGCCAAGUUCCAGCAACUGUGGAAGACUCACCCAUAGUGGAGAAGGCCCAGCUGAAGACAGACUCCACGUGCAGCCCACAAGGAGCCAGUACACACAGCAUAGGAGCUGCAGCAUGUGGGACUGACCCUGUCAGCAGCCUGUGUGGCUAGGGGACAAGGCACAGACCGCGGCUCUGAAGUCAUCUGUAAAAUACCCAUUUGGGGAUGGAAUCUACUUUGACAGCUAGCAAAGCAGCGUGCUGUUCUUGAGUGAUUACAGCAAUUCAGGGAAGACUUGAUUAAAACAAGGUGAACAUAUCAAGGCCAGCCAGUUUAUUGCAGAAAAGAGAGAAGGCUUGUUUCAAGUUACUAACUAAAGUAUUUGUCGCUGAGGUUAAAGCAUAUUGUAACUGGCUUUUAAGAAAAUAAGAACAGGGUAGAUAGCUGUUAAAAGCACUUUUUAAAAUGGAAUAGAUGUUGAGCACUUACAGGGUAUUAAGAACCACUGUAAAUACAAAAUAAACACUUAUUUUUACAUUA